AUGGGCGACAAAAUGGACAUGUCUUUGGACGAUAUUAUCAAGCUGAACCGGAGUCAGCGAGGCGGAGGCGGGCGCGCCGGGCGAGGUCGGGGCCGAGGGGCCGCGGGGCGAGGAGGAGGCGGCGGAGGCGCCGGGCGAGGAGGCGGCGGCGCGGGGCGCGCAGGAGGCGGAGGCCCCAUCCGGAACAGAGCUGCCUUGUCCCGGGGAGGCGGCAGGAACAGGCCGGCGCCCUACAGCCGGCCCAAACAACUUCCUGAAAAGUGGCAACACGACCUCUUCGAAAGUGGCUUUGGUCCUGGCGCUGGUGUGGAGACGGGCGGAAAGCUCCUGGUCUCUAAUCUAGAUUUUGGUGUGUCAGAUGCGGACAUACAGGAACUUUUUGCAGAGUUUGGUACAUUGAAGAAGGCAGCAGUGCACUAUGACCGAUCUGGGCGUAGUCUGGGUACUGCAGAUGUUCAUUUUGAGAGGAAGGCAGAUGCUCUGAAGGCUAUGAAACAGUACAAUGGAGUUCCCCUGGAUGGACGUCCCAUGAAUAUCCAGCUGGUUACAUCACAAAUAGAUACACAGAGGAGACCAAUACAGAGCAUAAAUAGAGGAGGCAUGACAAGAAACCGUGGCGGAUCAGGUGGCUUUGGUGGUGGCAACAGACGAGGUAGCCGUGGUGGCAGAGGCAGAGGUAGAGGUGCAGGCAGAAGUUCCAAACAGCAACUCUCUGCUGAAGAAUUGGAUGCACAGUUGGAUGCUUACAAUGCCAGGAUGGACACCAGUUAAACCUGUUGAUGCAUCACGUGCAUGGGAAGGACUGCAGACAUCUCAUUCCAUGCUCCCCAGCGGGAGGGGGAAAGGUGUAUGGCGGCGGCUACUAAUAUCAAGAAUGGAAUUUGUUUUACUUUUAUGUUUUGGAAUAGGUUUUAAACUCAUGUAAAGGUUUCUUUUUCUUUUUUUAAAAUUCUGGAACAGAUCUGUUUUGUACUGAGUUAUUUUUGGGAAAAUUUUACUGGUUGCCAGUUGGGCCACGGUGACUUUUUAACCAUGGCAAUAAUAAAAUAGAAAUGUGUCUAGAGCUGUAAAUGUCUGCUUCCUGUUGCAGCUGGAGUCCAGCUUUGAGACUGCAGAAACCAAGAUGGGUAGGGGAGCAACUGUCUGCCUGCAGGCCCCUAGCAAAAGUGUUGGUGCUCAUUGUGCUUCCCACAGGGAGAGAGUGAGGUCUCUCUCCUCCUUGCUGGGGCUUUACAAACUCUGUAUCUCCAACCUCCUGUGUGUUUAUCUUCCUCCUUUCUAUGCUAAAGCCAAACAGUAAGACUACUUUUUCAGGGAGGUGGUUGGGGGGUAGAAUCCAAUGGAAAAGGUUCACCCUUUGUGAUCAAGGAGAGGGGGAGAACACUUGUUAAAGUCAUUUUUUGUAUUUAACACUUGAUUCCAAAGUUCAGUGAUGGUCCCACCUUAGUAUUUUUACUGUAAAAUGGUUACUGUGAUAAUUCAGUGACUCCAACAUGCCAAGUAAAGAUUUAGUCUUUCAACUUGCAA